AUGGGUCACGAGACGAUGGAAUGUUACCGCCAUGUGUUUCCUCUGAAGUGCCGAGAUGAUGUUUGCAGGUUGUUUGCGUCCGAGUUAGAGAAAUCGGAGCCUAAUCUUCUACUUCUAAGUUUGGUUGUCGGAGCAAUUGAGGCGGGAUACUGCAGCAGCACUACUACGCACGCGUGCAAGAAAUUUAAGGUUGCUUGCAAUUGGGAUCGUGUCGACGAUGAUCCGUUUCCUUUGGAAAUGUCUCUAGUAGAAAUACAAUACAACAGGUUUUUGGCUGAGUUACACAACUUUGUUCUUCCUUCGAGACCUUUGCAAAAUCAUGAAGGAUACACUAUGCGUUCUACAAUCAAAAUGAUAGCAGACUUCGUGUGGAAACCAUUGUCCAACUCUUUCUACAAAGACAAGCCUCAUAUUCAAAGCAUUUAUAGUUUCAUGACACUGAGACUUCUUGAUUGCUUUGGCCUUGCUCUGACUGUUGUUGCUGCUUGUCAACAGCUUGGUCUUUAUGACGUUCACUUGGCUCUCUCUGAAGAUCAUGCUUGGAUUGUCUUUGACCAGAAUGGUCGUGAAACUGCUGAAAUUGCAUGGAUUGGAAAGGGAAAUGAUAAAAAGCGUGGACAGCCUAUUGAAAAGGAUGCUCCAGAUUACAAUUGGCUCUACUUGAAUGGACAUCCGGUGAUCUGCACACGUCACAUGGAAGCAGCCGCAAUAGCAACAUCAAUGAACCCUGGAAUCAACAGCAAAACUGACAGCGAACAUCAUGGACAACUGCAGCAAGCGUUGCUGUGGCUGUUCUUUGACAAGCAACACAUUGACAGGUAUCCAAUGGCUCAAGGCACGCUUGGAGACUUAGAAGAGAUUGAUGCAACUUUAGGUCGACCAUCUGCAGAGGUUGUCUUUCGACUAGGAAUCGAGGCAUCUUGUCUCUACUAUUCGAAUGCUCAUGUUUAUCCACAUACGUUCCUCGGCGGUUAUCUCUUCAGACAGGGAAGGUUCAAAGAAGCAAUGCAAUGCUGGAUGGAUGCCGCAUUUGUAGUCAGCAGCUACAGGUAUAAUAAAGAGGACUCGGAGGUGUACAAGGAAUUCUAUGAAAUAGUUCACGACUUUCUGCCUCAUAUUGUAAAGUCUCCUAGUGGCAAAGAGUUAAGAACAGAUACAGAGUUUUAUGCAAUGAUAUUAACUUUCUUUGAUCGAAUCUGUGUGUGGGAAAUGGAAAGCCAGACUCCUGUAGUUCACUCUGAUUGGGCCAAGAGUAUUCUCUCUGUUUUAACUAAAUUUCCAAGUACAGUCAGACAGAAAGCGCCAGACACCCAAAUAAAUGUAAUUUGUAUCAAGUCACAUGGAACAGCAUCUAAUGUACUACCACCGUGGAUUUCACUUGCCGCUCAGAAAGCGAUAGAUUGUGCUUGCCACAUGUCUCGAGUCUUGUGUGCUAAUCAUGGCCACGUUUGUGCAAGGAGAGCUGCCCUUCCCGAAUUGCAAUACGCGAAACAACAGUUUGAAAUUAGAUCAAAGAAACUGUUGGGCGUUUCAGACAUGCUUACCGUUGCAGAAAAACUCAAUGUGGCUGCACUGCAACUUCAGCUGACAGCUCUUUCACAGACUACAGAUAUUACUGUUGCCAGGAGUAGGAAAAGAAGGCAAAAUUGUCUAUGAAAUGGCCGAGACAAAUUACUUGUGUGCUAGGUGAAUUCAAUGCAUAAGUCAUGAAAUUGUAUCUUUAACUUGUAUAUGGUAUUUGUGUAUUAGCGGACUACAUAUGUAAUUUUGCGACACUAGCAUCUAGGCUGCUGAUUGUAGUAGCAUUGGGGACACUCUCUUUGUACUUUGUUUUAUCGUAUUGAGCAGCUUUCUACAGGCAAAUACAAGACAAA